GCCAGUAAAACUCCUUCCCUGUGCGAGGGAAAUUCCUGGUUCAUCAGUAUGGAUGCAUUGUUUUUACACAUCAGAAGUGCUGUGUUGCCGUGUCAAUCAUCCCGUUAGGAUCAGUUUAAGAGCAGUAGGGCUGACGAAGCUGGGUGUGAUUGGCUGCCAUAUGCUGGGAGGGCUCUGGGAGAAGGAAGGGCUGCAGUCUUUCAGCAACAGAGUUUAGGCUGUGUCUUUGCUUCAUCAUCUGAGGAAAAAUCCCCAGAUAAGGCACAAGGCUUUCCGAGCGUGCAAAAAAAAAAAAAAAAAAAAAAAAAAAAAAUAUUACGGGCUGCUCAUUGUUUCAUGUGAAAAUUACUUACCAUGGGAAUGCGAUGGGAAAGAUGCGGCUGUUUGUUUAUAUCAGAUGUUCCUGUUCACGUUGGGAAUGUGCCGAAUAGACAGGGCUAAACAAGUGCAAAGAGAUGCUGUUUGUCACAUAAACAAAUAUCUCUGUAAGAGUUCUACCUUCUUGGCUUAGUGCGAAACCGGAGUAGAGAAAAUAGAAAAUUGACAACAGCCUGAGCUCUUUUAGAUUGUGCUCCUGUGUAACAGCAUGUUAUCGGUCCUUUGGCAGGUCAGUGACUUAAAAAGUGCCUUUGUCAAGUCACUUUUAUGAGCGAGGACUGCUAGGCCCGUGUUAAUCCCGUCUUUGCCAGCCAGACAUUGCCUUCACCUUACACCUGGCGGAAGAUACCUCAGCUGUCUCCGUUUGCCAAUUAGUUGAUGGGAAGCUGAACGAAGAAAAAGAGGAAGAGGAAUUAUUAUUAUUGUUCCUGGGACACGAACAAAUGACUGCAUUGCUUUUCUUGUGUAAUCAAUACCAGCAAGUAACCGUCAGAGAACUACUGUUCUAUCAAGGAGUGCCAUUGCAUUGAAGGACCUUGGCUUAAAACCAGCGCAUCCGUCAUACAAUCAAGAAGCCCACGUGUUUUACAGACAGAAAUGCGACUGAGCAUGUUUUUUCCCAGCCAAAAGUCUACAAGUGGGACUUAAUGAUUGAUAGUGAUUGCUGAUAAACUUUCUCUGUUUAUUCUGCUUUGCGUGCAUUGGACAUCAGUAAUCGUCCCCCACUUUUUUAACUUUCUUUUCAGUUGGAAUUGAAUUUUUUUUUCUGUUUUUUUUUUUUGUGUGUGUGUUUUGUUGGUUUUGGUUUUUUUUUUUCUUUUUUUUCCCUCUCCUUUCCCUUCGUCAUUAGUUUUGGAAAUUUCUUUGGCGUAAUUCACUUGACAGAAAUUUACAAAUUCGAAAUCAGCUUUUCAUCAUGGCUUUGAAUGUUGCUCCCGUAAGAGAUACAAAAUGGCUAACAUUAGAAGUGUGCAGGCAAUUUCAGAGGGGAACUUGUUCACGCUCUGAUGAAGAAUGCAAAUUUGCACACCCCCCUAAAAGUUGCCAGGUUGAAAAUGGAAGAGUUAUUGCCUGCUUUGACUCCUUAAAGGGUCGUUGUACAAGGGAGAACUGCAAGUACCUUCAUCCACCAACACAUUUAAAAACUCAACUGGAAAUCAAUGGCAGGAACAACUUAAUCCAACAAAAAACUGCAGCAGCAAUGCUUGCCCAGCAAAUGCAGUUCAUGUUUCCAGGGACACCGCUACAGCCAGUGCCCACAUUUCCAGUGGGUCCCACAAUAGGAACGAACACGGCUAUUAGCUUUGCUCCUUACCUAACGCCAGUAACACCGGGAGUUGGCUUAGUCCCGACUGAGAUCCUGCCCACGCCGCCUGUCAUCGUUCCUGGAAGUCCACCGGUUUCAGUCCCCGGUUCAACUGCUACCCAGAAACUCCUCAGGACUGAUAAACUGGAGGUGUGCAGGGAGUUCCAGCGGGGAAACUGUGCGCGUGGAGAGACUGAUUGCCGCUUUGCGCAUCCAGCAGACAGCACAAUGAUUGACACAAACGACAACACCGUAACCGUGUGUAUGGAUUACAUAAAAGGUCGUUGCAUGAGGGAGAAAUGCAAGUAUUUUCACCCUCCUGCACAUUUGCAGGCCAAAAUCAAAGCGGCGCAACACCAAGCCAACCAGGCUGCGGUGGCAGCCCAGGCAGCUGCGGCAGCUGCGACUGUGAUGACUCAGUCGACUGCCAAAGCAAUGAAGCGACCUCUCGAAGCAACUGUAGACCUGGCCUUUCCUCCCGGUGUUCUUCACCCUUUACCAAAGAGACAAGCACGAAAAAAGCAAUGGUGCCAGUGCCGUUUUCAAUCCCAGUGUCUUGCACUAUCAACAGGCUCUUGCCAAUGCUCAGUUGCAGCAGCAUGCAGCGUUUAUCCCAACAGGGUCAGUUUUGUGCAUGACACCCGCUACCAGUAUUGUACCCAUGAUGCACAACGCUACGGCCGCCACUGUCUCUGCAGCAACAACUCCUGCAACAAGUGUUCCCUUCGCCGCAACAGCCACAGCAAAUCAGAUAAUCCUGAAAUAGCCGGCAGGAGCGGAACGGAGUGUCACGAAGCCUCCCUGCGGACGGCCAAGCACGGCUACUGUACAUACUACCCCGUCUCCUCCUCUCUAGAGUUGCCACAAACUGCAUGCUAAGUCAAGAAUUUGUUCUUACGGACAAAUCACAAACUCGAAAAAGCUAGUGCUGCUAUGUCAUAUAUGAAUAUUAAAUAUGGUAUGCUUACUAUACUCCAACCUAAAAUAGUUAACUACCUGAUACCAGCUGUGAUGUUUCAAGACAUAAAGGGUAACAUUUAGUUUUAAAGAUUUUCUAAGCAUAGUUUAAUUCUUGCAAAUAUUGUCUUUUCUCCAUAACUAUACCUAACGGAAAUGGUCCAGUUAAGUUAGUCUCAUGAGAUUCAGUGUUUAUGAAUCUUUCGAGCUCAGCAAUAAUUAAGUUGUAUUGGCUAAAAACUUAUCCCAGUUGCAGGUUUAAUUUUCACCCAAACUAUGAUUGGGGUUUUUCUUCUCGGUUAAAAAAAAAAAAAAAAAAAUCUUGGUUUUGCUCCCCUAGAGAGUUGAUUCCAAGAGAGAGGAAGUGAAACGCAGCCCAGUGUCCUGCACAUCACCCUGCCAAUCUGAAUAUUUUUAGCCAGAAGUCCAAAGCAAAGCACAAAUUCUUUAGAUGCACAUGGUUGGUGUUUGACUUGUAUGGAGAAGUUGCAUUUGAAUCAUAGCAGAAUAGCAGAAGAAAAUUUAAAAAUUUUGCACAGUAUGAACUUCAUACCCCUUUCAAUCCCCAAAAGAACAAAGUCUUGAGAAUAUUAUUUUACGAGUAUAUUUAUAAUGUUUUUAAAAAAAGACUUUGCAGAAGUGCCUAAAUUUUGUCACAUCAGACUUGAUGAAAGUGAGCCUGAUGCCAACCGUCAAAUCUCACCGGAAGCGAAUAAUCUUUCAAACUCAUAGUCAGGUUACCAAAAAGAUCCAAGCUGUUACGAAGUAACUUCUAGAAGUGUAAAAUCAAACAAACAAACAAACAAGACCAAACUAACAAAAGACAAGGCGAAAAAGAAGGCUGUAGAUGAAGAGAUUUGUAUGAUACUCUUAAUUUAAUUAAAAUUCAGUUGAGUCACUGAAACUUCAUAGGUGACUUUAAUCUAGACUAUUAACUGAACACUAAGAAUGUAGAAAGAGAUUCAGUUUAAUAAAUCAUUACUGUAUUUGCAUUUUUUUAAUUGGAUUAUGAGAUUGUAACCAGAUUAGAGUGGAGAAAAAAAAUAGUUCUUUUAAUUGUUUUUCUUUAAAAACAUAUUUUAUGUCACAAAAGUAUGAAGAUAUCUUUAAUACAAUUAUAUACAUGUUAUAUAUACAUACAUGCAUAUAUAUGGAUGAAGCAGAUUUUAAUGUUGUUUACUUUUUUAAAUACUUUGUUGAUUUACAAGGUAAUUAUAUAUGUAUAAUUAAAAUUUCAUUUGUUUGAUUUGAGAUUUGUUUCAAGCACUAUUGUACCAAAUAUUUCAUAUUUCACAUUUUAUAUGUUGCACAUGUAUCACAUAAAUGACAUAGUUUUUAAAUUAUUGUUUAAAAAAACAAGACAGCUGUUAUAAGUGGAUAUUAUGUAUAAUUGUUUGCAGCAUAAGUUUUCUAUGUGGACAUUAUUAGUGAUUGCAGUAUUUUAACUUAACCUCUUCAGAUUGAUUGUAAACUAUUUUAAACUUUGGCAGCACUGCCUGUUCUGAACGACUGAAGGCACUAACCAUAUAAUUAUUUGUCUAGGAAAUUAUUUUCCAGGCUAAAUCUUGUUUGUCCGAUGUCUAAUUACUAUCUAUUUAUAUAUAAAGCUGGAGAUUUGAUCAUCCGAAAGAAAAAAAAAAAAAUCACGAUUCGAUUGUAAAAUUAACAUAGUGCUUGUAACGUUGCGUUAGUUUUAAUUUGUGGAAAAAUAACGUAUCUUAACUUGUUACUUAGCAGUUAAGGUAUCACCAUUAUAUACUAUUAAAACACUAAUAUUUGUAGACUUUCUCAGUCAUUAUAACUAGGUAGUUGACACUGCAACUUGCCUAUAUCUGUCAAAGUUGUUUUUAUUUUUUUAUAAUAGUUAAUUUAGGCAUUUGGGUAGCUUAUUGUAUAAUACUAAAUGGUAAAUUAUCCAUGUUGUUUAAAUAUUUUAUGUAGAUAACUCUUCAAGACAUUGUUCUGUGUGAACUUUUUAUGUUUCGAAAUAACUGUUAUUCUAUGUUUUUUACAAUUAAUCCAAUACUACUAUUUUUUGCCCAUGGAUGACGAAGCUUCAGAUACAUCAGGUCUUUCAUCCAGAUAAACUGACAGACAAAAAGAGAAAAUGUAUUUUUAAUAAGAGAUCCACUUUCCGACUUUAUGACUUUGUAAUAUUCCUGAAAACUGUACAAGUACAAACCUAUGCUAACAGUAAGGAGGCAAUUACAGAGAUGUGCAAAUACGUGUACAACAGAUUCUGCAUUUUAUUUAUUUAUAAAGUAAUUUUAUAGACUAUUUCAAAAUUUGGGAAGAUCUAAAACUAUUUUUCUGUAUAAAUAUUAUUUGCCAAAACUUUGUUUAUAUUUUAAAAAAAGAAGGUCUAAUGAAAAUGAUUAAAUUUUAAAUGCUUUGUUUAAUUAAAGAAAACCCAACAAAUAAACCCCCCUAAAAGAACCAUGAGAUGGGCCAACACAGAGACAGUGAAUACUGUAGCCGAGACAUGGUUUCAAGUGACUUGAGAUGUCUCAGUGUUUAUUUUCUUCAAAGGAUACAGCACUUCACCAAAAUACCUUUUUGUUUGCCUCUCUCAUCCAGCAUAAUUGACGACGCGUACGAUGAAUAUUUCGGUAACAGUUAAAAGAAACCCCUCCAUUCACUCUUUUUCCGCGUAUAACGACUAGUGGUCUGUUAAAUAGCCAUUCUAUUUCUGUUGUGACGUUAAAUUCAUUCACCCGAUGUACAACCACUGAAAUAAAAAGAAGCAUUUUAAAA